AGUAAACAAAGAUGAGUGGUAAAGUGGAUUGGUUUGAGGACGUAGAAGGAAGAAAGACUGCGAAGGCUUGUGUAUAUAUAUGAUUUGGUAGUGUCAGUUAUGACAACAAUCGCCCGUCAGUUCUCAGAACUGUACGAGUCGUACAGGCAAUGGGUUUGCAACAAUCCACAAGUCGCAGGUGAUGUUGAAUCGACUGUCAAAUGGGUUUCGUAUUUUGUAGCAGGCAGAAUCAGCCACUCCAGUGUACUUUCUGAACUGAUAUACUCUGUGUCGAACUUACUGGUGCUUUUCAAUGACCGUAUCAUUCAUAAUUCGACAUGUAAGAUUAAAGGGGGACCUGCAGACAGGUUGAAGAUAUGGCUGACAGUCAUAGAAUAUUCAGAGGUUUUUAUUGAAGUAGCGGCAAGACGCCGUUGGGGAUCAGGAGGAAAAUGGACAGUGGCUGUCAUUCUGCAGCUUAUAAAAUGUGCUGCUAAACUGCAUCUCCUCUUUAAUUAUAAAGAACAUGUGAUACAAAAUCCACCAGUUCCUCCUGUAAGACGUAAAACCAUUGAAGAGGAGAAAAUUAGGAAAGAAGAAAAGUGGAAACUGGAGUCAAUGUCUUUUGCUCUGAAAAGGUCAGGGAGGCUUAUAAGGAAGGUUCAGGGCGCUCCUCCAAUUCAUUUGAGAGACUGGAAGCCACUUAAAUCAGUGCCAGAGAAUGGGAUAUAUGAACAGAAUAGCCACAGUAUUAGAGAAGUUCUGAAGAAGGAGACAGUGAUAGCGGAGGUUUUGUAUAUUGUUAAGCCUCUGAUGCACCUUUACGCAAUGUGGCGCCAUGGGCCCAAAUCCUGGAAACCAUGGCUCAUUUCACUGCUUGUUGAUGUUGUCAGCUUGUGUGCCUACAGGAAGACAGUGCACAAACUUACAAGACAGCAGCGCAUGGAGGUGUCACGCCGUGCCUUUGCUCUCGUCCUGUACAUAUUACGCUCACCUUUUUAUGAGGCUCAUAGCCGGGAUCGUAUACAAUCUUUCCUGCAUGCAAUGUCAGAGACAGUUCCCCUGACAGGCAUCUUGUGCAGACCUCUUGCACAGUACCUUCCUGUUUGGCAGGAUACAUAUUUCUAUGUGUGGUCCUCAUAGGUGGUGUUUCUUGUGGUGUGAUCUUAUUUUGUGUGAUUAUUUCAGACUGUAUGUGGUGGUUAUUGUUACGGGGUAUUAUGGGCUCUUACUAAUAAGCCAGUGAGUGAUUGUGAAUGUACAUCGCACUGCAAAAAGUUUGUUUUAUACUAUCUUUUAUACUAGAAAUAUAUUUAGCAACAAUUCAGUAGAAAGAUCUAAAGUAACUGUAUAGACUGUUACUAGUUUAAAGACCAUUACUACUUAAAUUGCUCGACUGUGAUAAAUAUAAACCCCAGAAAUUUAUUUGUUGAGCAUAGUUCUUUUUCUACUGUCAUGCUUGACCAUUUUUAUUUUGUAGUCCAAAUUUGUAAUAAGGAAUAAAUAAAACUGUAAGA